AAUUGGUCAAUUGGCAGGAUUCAAUCCUAUCAAGAACAUAUUCUUUGGAAUACAACAAGUUUCAAGAAUUCAGUGAGUGUUGGAACUAUCACCGACUUAACUUUUUAGGUUGCUAUUUUAUUAUUCGUGAACGCUUCUGUGGAUUCUAUUUAGACUGAUUUGACUACUUUACUGAAUACCUUUGUUAAUAUUUUUCAUUACUAUUUACCUAUUUGAACUGUUAUUGUAUCAUGGCGGACUCUACAAAUGCCCCUAGUCACCCUUCUUAUGCGGAUAUUGUAAAGGACAAUGCACUUCCUCAGACCGAGGAAGAAAAGGCCGCUCCUCUUCCUCCUCAGGUUGAGCCUGUUUUGAGCGAAGAGCCACGUCAAACAGAAGAAAAAGUGGUUGUCUUGGACGAGAAUGAGGCAGAUUCUUAUUUGCAUCCCGGUGUGUCUGGUGAAAGUUUAGGAAAGGAAGACGAAGCUGCUGAUAAGAAGGAAACAGGAAAACAAAAGAAAGAUAUAGAGAAGGAAGCGAAAGGUAUAUGCGAUAAAAUGUCCGAAGUUUUCCGUAACAGCAGUAAGGUUUCUGCUUUCGCGGCUAUUUCCCUCGACCUUGCCGGUAUCGGUGCUCUUUCUGCCUACUUGCUCAACCGCCGUCAAACAGAAACGUUAACCAAUCGUUCCUUGUGUACUUGCACCGCUUUAGCUGGAAUUUUAUUGGCUGGCACUGCCAUUGUGUAUAAAAAGCCAAAGAUUUUCAAAAGAAAAACCACUUGAACGCGAUGAUAAAAUUCGCUGUAGAAGAAUUUCAUCGUGGAUCCAUCCCUCUACAAUCAAUUCGUCUCAUAAUGAAUACUGUGUUAUUUACGAAUGCCAAUGAUUCCUAGUUUCUACUCCGUUCCUAUAUGUUAUUUUUAGCUUAUGAACUUGUUGCUGUCAUUUCAUUUUCCAGUGAUUUAUCCAAUAAUUAGUUGGUAAUAUAUAUGAGGUUUGUACCUUUGCUUUUUCGUAAUUAUAGAAUCUUGUAUUGCGUAAGUUAAUGUUGAAAAACUUUGUACCCCUUGGCCUUAAAAAAGCAUAAUGGGAACAAAGUGCACAAUCCCUACCCUAUCUCCUUAAUUUUGUUUGGGUUGGAAUCUACCUAAUGUGCACUAUAUGACUGAUACUUGCGUAUAUCAAUAUUCUCUUUACUCCAGAACAAUAGAUGACUUGU